AUGUCCAAGCGCCUUGUGUCCGUCGACGUCCUUGGCGCUCUUCAAGUUACCCGCUCCACUCGCGACAAUCUUCCAGUCGAAUUUACUUACCCGAACUGGGAACCUGUAGUGGGCGCAGAGUUCCAAAUGCAUUUGCCAAGCUUCACUGUCAACACUGGACUGGGUAGGCGAGGAGGUGAUGGCUAG